UUUUAAUCAGAGCCUCUCACAUGGUUCUUCUAACUUUCUAGUUCUAUAAAUGACAACCUCAACACUAGUCACAUCGAUUCUCUAGAACUAGAGCCUUCUUUGUUUUCAAAUUUUCAUCUCUACGUCUAAUCCCAUUUGACAGUGUUUGUGAAUUGUGAGCACGAUGGGUAGAAUACUAAUGCAGUAUCUGGCUACCAAAACGGACCCCGUUAUCGCUAGUUUAAUCGAUUCUGAUUUGGAUGAGCUCAAGCUUGCAGCACAGAAGCUCUUCCAUGAUGCAAGUAUGCUAGGAGGCAGAGGGUUUGGCACUUCUUUCCUUAAAUGGAUGGCUUCCUUUGCUGCCAUAUAUCUACUGAUACUGGAUCGCACAAAUUGGAGGACAAAUAUGCUGACUUCAUUGUUAGUGCCUUACAUAUUCUUCAGUUUUCCCGGGUCUCUGUUCCACUUUCUCAGAGGAGAAGUUGGAAAAUGGAUCGCUUUCAUUGCAGUGGUGCUGAGGCUUUUCUUUCAUAGAAAUUUUCCCGAUUUGCUGGAAAUACCUGGAUCAAUGAUCCUUCUUUUAACAGUGGCCCCAGACUUGUUUGCUCAGAGGUUCAGGAACAACUGGGUUGGAGUAGCAAUUGAUCUUUUCAUUGGUUGUUACCUUCUACAAGAACAUAUCAGAGCUACAGGGGGAUUCAGAAAUUCCUUCACCCAGAAACAUGGAAUUUCAAAUACUCUUGGCAUCCUCCUCCUCAUAGUCUAUCCAGUAUGGUCAUUGGUUAUCCAUUAAUUAAGUAUAUGAAGCAUUAUAGGAUAUAUAAUAGUCAGUGAUGAUGUUAGGAAAAUAAAUUUAUACAUGGUGGAGUCUGGUAUAUGCAGAGAAUGGUGCAUGCAUGAGAACUCCAGUGAUUUAAUUUUAGAUGACAAUUUUUGCUGUGUACGACAAUAUAUUUAGAUAAUUU